GGCCCCGAGCUCCCAAGCACCACCCCGCGCGCCAGGAGCCGGACCGCUGCCGACGCCAUGCGGGCUCUGCUGCCGCUGCUGCGCUCGGCCUGGGGCGGUCGCACGGGCGCCCUCGUCGUCCGCCUGCGGGAGGGAGCGGCCGCUGGGCCCGGGCCGCGCCGCGCCAUGGCCUCGUACCGCACGGAGGAGCGCGGCCAGCCCCACUCGCCCGGUUACCGCCUCUUCUUCAAGAAUGAAGCUGGUCACUAUAUUUCCCCCUUUCAUGAUAUUCCUCUGAAGGUGGAAUCUAAAGAGGAAAAUGGCAUUCCUACAAAGAGAGCACGGAAUGAUGAAUCUGAGAAUUUGUUUAAUAUGGUUGUUGAAGUACCUCGGUGGACAAAUGCUAAAAUGGAGAUUGCCACAGAGGAGCCAUUGAAUCCCAUUAAACAAGACGUAAAGGAUGGCAAGCUACGUUAUGUGGCGAAUAUUUUUCCUCAUAAGGGUUAUAUAUGGAAUUAUGGUGCCCUCCCUCAGACUUGGGAAGAUCCCCACAGAAACGAUAAGAGCACAGACUGCUGUGGAGAUAAUGAUCCUAUUGAUGUCUGUGAAAUAGGCUCAAAGGUUGGUUGUUCUAAUGGGACUCUGUGUUUUCUACCUCCCUCAGCUCCACGCUCUAUAAGAAAUGAAUUUUUAUUUUUAACAAAAAGUCUUCUUGUUUCUUCACUUACAGAUAUUGAUGAUGUUCGGAAGUACAAACCAGGUUAUUUGGAAGCUACACUUAAUUGGUUUAGAUUUUAUAAGGUGCCAGAGGGAAAACCAGAAAACCAUUUUGCUUUUAAUGGAGAAUUCAAAAACAAGGCUUUUGCUCUUGAAGUUAUUAAAUCUACACAUGAAUGUUGGAAAGCGUUGCUUAUGAAACAGUGUGAUGGAGGGGCUAUAAGUUGCACAAAUGUGCAGAUAUGCGAUAGUCCUUAUCAUUGUGCUCAAGAGAAAGCAAGAUCAUUAGUUGAAUCGGUAUCAUCUUCAAUAAGUAAAGGAAGUCAUGAAGAAGAGCAAGUGUGGCACUUCCUUGGCAAGUGAUGGGAACAUUUGAAGUUCUGCCAUCAAGAUUCCAGUCUCUGAGGACUUCCAGACUGUCUCCCUCAAGUGCUGGAGAUAGGCAGAUCGAUGAGAAUUUGCUAACUUUCUGUUGAAACUCUUUUCCCCCCCAAACUUUCUGGGAUAUGCACUAUGUAAAUAAACACUGGUUUUGAA